UUUACUUCACGCACUCCUCUGUCUCUCUCUCUCUCUCUCUCUUUCUAUGUGUCGCAAAGACGCAUACAAACAUACACGCUCCUUUUGCUAAAACACCUUGCCCUGCGUAGACUGCGGCGAUGCGCUUUCUCACCAACACAUACUGAAGAACUUUUAGGUUUGGGGAAAAUUUUAUGCUCUUCUCUAUUUCUUCCCCCUUCUCGUUCCAGAACCGCAGCUAGACCCCAAGGCCCAAAACCAGCACAGAGCCGCCGCACAAGAUCCGCCCACCCUCCAGCUCCAAUUGUGCACAGACCCACGUCACCACCAUCCAAAACCCAAGACCCACAACACAACGAUUUGCGAUUUGGAUAAGAAAUUAGAGAAGAAAUUUCCGGAUACAAGACCCACUGUUUACAUGUAAUAAAGGGAAAUGGCUAAGCCAAUGGGGUUGAGUAUUUCUUGAAGAGGAUCGAUUUGCUGAUUUCUUGAAGACGUUCGGCGGUUUUGGUGUUGAGGAUUUUAAUGAACUGUAUUUUUGUGUGAAUGAGGAUUUGCUAAUUUGAAGAGGUUCGGCAGCAAAUCAACAAUUUCUUGAAGAGGUUGAGCGAAUGUGGCUUUGGAGGAAGGACAUGUUUUAAACUUUACAGGAAAGAGUCAUUUUUGACAAAAAAAAAAAAAAACAAAAACAAAAACAAAAAGAGAAAACGAAAGAAGAAGAAGAAGGCCGGCUGAACCGGCAAUUUCAAAACCCCCAAAACCCUUUAGAGACAGCUUUACCUCCCAAAACCCUCAAUUUCAAAACCCCCAGUCACUCGCACAGGCACAGACCCACCAGAAGCGAGCGAGAGAGAGGGAGAGAAAAACCAUGUCGGGCUUCUCAUAUGGAUCUUCAUCCGCCUCAUCCACGCCCGCAUUCUCCCUCACGAACCCGCCCUCCACCGGAUUACCAUUCGGAUCAUCCGCCUCCCCAUUCGGAUCCGGCACCACCCCCUCUUCUUCCCCAUUCGGAUUCGGAUCCUCCACUUCCACUUCCUCUUCUUCUUCAGCUCCUUCCUUCUCGUUCCCCUUCAAUUCCGCUUCUAGCUCCGCUGCCUCCUUGUUCGGAACAGUAGGGUCUUCGUCCUCUGCAACUUCCGCUCCGUCCCCGUUUGGGACAAUCCCGUCCUCGGCGACCUCAGCUUCGUCCCUAUUCGGUUCAGCUGCUUCUGGUUUUGCCUUGUUCAGUACCGCCUCAUCUACUAGUACUUCGGCAUCGGCCGCGGCAGGUUCCGGUUCAUCCUUGUUCGGAGCAUCUCUAUCGGCGUCAAGUACCAAUUCGCCCUUGUUCGGAACGACGUCAUCCUUCGCUCCGAAGUCUGCUCCUCUCCUGUUCGGAACGACCCCGUCCUCAGCGGCGCCAACUUCUGGUUCACCUCUGUUCGGAACGACGUCAUCCGUUGCGGCGCCAACUUCUGGUCCAUCUCUGUUUGGAACGACGUCGUCCUCCACGGCUCCAACUUCUGGUUCACCUCUAUUCGGAACGACGCCGUCCUCUGCGGCGCCAACUUCUGGUUCACCUCUGUUCGGAACGACGUCGUCCGUUGCGGCGCCAACUUCUGGUCCAUCUCUGUUUGGAACGACGUCGUCCUCCGCGGCUCCAACAUCUGGUUCCCCUCUAUUCGGAACCACGUCGUCCUCCGCGGCACCAACUUCUGGUUCACCUCUAUUUGGAACUACGUCGUCCUCCGCGGCAACUUCUGGUUUUGGUUCCAACCUGUUUGGAACAACAGCCUCAUCAGCGAGUACAGGUUUAUCCUUAUUCGGAACAUCAUCAUCCACUUCUCCAUUUUCAGCUUCAACUCCUCCUGCAUUCCCAUUUGCUUCAAGCUCAGCUUCAAGUUCAACCACAGCCUCGCCUUUCUCUGCUUCUUCUACCGGGCUUUCAAUCUCAACUGCUUCAGCCUUUUCAAAACCCACUACACCCUCCGCUACUGUAUCUUCCUCUUAUACAACGACAACCUCUUCUGCCUUCUCAUUCGUCCCACCCUCUUCCUCAGCUUCUCAGCCUUCAUUUGGGUUCACCGCCUCGUCGGCAGCCACUGCUGUUUCCACCGCACCUACAGCAAAGGCUUCUUCUCUGUCCUUUGGAACGUCUACUGCUCCGCCGUUCUCGACGGUCACCACCACGAGUGCUUCCACUCCGCCUGCUACUAGUAGUAGUGGCACUACUACUACUGCUACACAAGCUUCGUUUGCUUUGCCCGCAUUUGGUGUGAGUUCUUCUUCGGCUGCAACUAGUGCUUCAACAGUAGCAGCAGCGAGCUCGGCCGCUUCUUCUGGCGCUGCAGGAUCUUUUACGGGCUUUUCGUUUAGCAAACAGUUGACGCCUGCUUCACCCUUGCAAUCACAUUCAACUACUGCCGCCCCUGCGUUUGUUGUCUCUUCAACUUCUGCAGCUGCAGCAACUUCCAGUUUGAGUACUACUGGUGCUCAGACAUCAUCAUCUCUUAUUGUGGCCUCCAGUAGUGGUGUCAGCACUACAGUAUCUACUGCACCAAAAUUACCGUCUGGGAUCACAGGGAAGACUGUUGAAGAGAUCAUCAAGGAGUGGAAUGCUGAACUACAAGAGCGUGCUGGAAAGUUCCGAAAGCAGGCUAACGCGAUAGCUGAGUGGGACCGGAGAAUUUUGCAGAAUCGUGAUGUUCUUCUUAGGCUCGAGAUUGAAGUGGCAAAAGUGGUUGAGACUCAAACUAACUUGGAGCGGCAACUGGAGUUAAUUGAGACUCAUCAACAAGAGGUUGACAUAGCUUUGCAAAGUAUGGAAGAAGAAGCUGAGCGUAUUUACAAGGAUGAGCAUGGAUUGCUUCUUGAUGAUGAAGCUGCUUCCACAAGAGAUGCAAUGUAUGAGCAGUCUGAACUUAUAGAGAGGGAAUUAGAGCAGAUGACAGAACAGAUCAAAUCAAUUAUUCAGACCGUAAAUGCCAACCAGGGAGGAGAACUUGAUGCAAUUGAUGGGAUGACACCACUAGAUGUAGUAGUCCGGAUUUUAAACAAUCAACUAAGUUCUUUAAUGUGGAUUGAUGAGAAGGCAGGGGAAUUUUCUUCACGCAUUCAGAAACUCGCCAGCCAAGGUUCGGCUGCAGAUCGUGAUUUGAUGGGUCCAAAGUUCUGGAGGUCCUGACCUCUGGAAUUGUAAAACUACCUCAACAUUUAAAAACCCUGCUUCUACCAGGUAAAGAUUAGUAAUUGCAGAGGAAAAGGUUACGUUACACAACUCUUCCGUUUUUCAGGCGAUAGACUGCAUUUGUAGUGCCUUUGGAUGUUAUUACUUGUAGGAACUGAUAUUCUGUCUCUAAUAACAUUUUUGGGAUGUUUAGCAGUGGAAUUCUUUAGAAAAUGGUGAGUGUAUCUGUAGCCAUCUGUUGAAAUAUUCUUCUGUUUGACUUCCCUCAUUAAAUGGAUGGCCAUGCCUAUUGUCGUCA